AGUCCAAUUUAUCAUUGCUAAAGAUUUUGGGCAGUCAGUUUCAGCAGCACAGUUUGGGAAUAAUUUGCUGCCACUGCCUAGAUUGUAAGGUAAUGUUAUGAGCUGACUUGCGCAGGUGCGUAAAUGAACACGUGGAUUGCUGAGAAGUGUUGGGCUGAUGUGUCCAAAUUCUGCCUUGCCUUGUGAAAUUUUGAAUAGGUAUGCUGAAGUCAGCAGAAAUAUUCCUUGUGGAGAACACUUUUGGCCUUGGAACAUACUUUUUUCUUUUAUGAGACUUGGAGGAUUUUUUUUUUCUCUCCAAAUUUAAGGUCUGUGACUUUUUCGUACUGUGGACUAUGCUACAUAAUACUGUAGCAUUUAAGAACUCUUCUUGUAUCUUUGUGACUGUAAAAUGUCGCUGUCGAAGCUUUCAUAGGUGAUAAAGAGGAAUUACAAAGUUUUAGGUGAAUUUUAAUAGUAUAACUUAUUUCUGGUGUAGUUCCUUUUGGGGGGGGGGUCUACGCAUGAAGGAAAACCCCAUUUUUUUUUUGUUGCUGUGUUAGGUGUCAGUUGGUGAAGACUGGGGUGGUGUCAUAAACUAUUUAAAAAGACUACAGUAGUGGAAGCUAAAUGUCUUCAUCUACUAUCCACUUCGUUAAGACUGUGUCACACUUCCAUUUGUACAUUAAGUGUUUUGAAGCGAUUUCUCAUGUGCUAGAGAUAAUGAGGCCUUAGUUUCAUUGCAGUUAGUGGGCUACUUUCAGGAAAAGCCAGUUCUUCAGUUUGUCUUCAGGGUGUACAUCUGUCAUAAUUCUGCUUUCUUCCCAUUCUGUCUCUGCAGCUGUUCAGUGCAGUUUAUUGUAGUGACACCCGUUAGCAUGGUUACAGUUAAUUGUCGGUCAGAGUUUGAAUUAUGCACUCUUUGUACCCAGAGGUUUUAUACAGCCCUUAAAAAUACUUCAGUAAGAAUUGUGCUACGUAAAACCUUUGACCCGAGGAUGUAGGUUUUUUCAUGUAUAAUUAUUUUAAAAAAUCUGGUUCUGUGUAGCUAUUUGCAUAACAAAGACUGACACACUUUACAUCUUUCUCUUUGAUCAUCUCUCUACUUGGGGUCAAACUAAGUGAAAAAUGUUCUUAACUGUGCAGUAAUAGCAUAAAAAGUUCUGUGGUGUGUUGCACAUGAGUGUAAGUGUGUGCACGCUGCCGUGCCAGUUUUAUGGGAUAAUGUCUGGAUUUCUGCUCUGAGGAAGCUAGGAAAAAGGAUUUGGAUUUUUUUCACUCUUAUCUGUGCAGUUCCUGGGACUACAGUGUGGGAGAAAAAAGUAAAAGGAAAGAUCUUGGCAUUUCUGUCCGGUGUGGUUUUUGGGGUUUUUUUGGUUCUUUUAAAUUAAUCUCCUGCAGAGCUAAGAAUGGAGGAGCAUGAUAAUGCAUACUGGUAAAAAUAGUGAAUUUGCUGUACUGUGUCUUGUUGCUCAUUCUAACCCAUUGCACUGCAUCUGCCAGCCAAUACUGGGAAGUAGGCAGAAAUGUCUGUAUUUCUAACUGUGCCUAGUUAUGUGUGUACAGUUAGAUGUUUGUUGUUCGCCUCCACAAGAAUGUAUAAAUCCAAAUGUUAUUUUGUGGCCUGACAUUAAUUAUAUUGGAUUAUCAUCUAGUCAUUUCAUUUGCAUAGCAUUUUACAAGUAUUUUGAAGAAGGCUUAGUGCUGUCUCCAAAAUACAGUAGCCAGAAGAAGCCUUUCAGAUGUUGUAGUCUUGCCUUUAAAAGCAACCUGAGCAAUUGUACCUUGUAAGUCCAGAGUUACAUUUGUACGUUUGAAGUUUGUACCUAAUCAAUAAGUAAAACCCAGAGCUUAGCUUUGAGAGCUAGCAUGCUGAAAAGGAUGGGAAAGCUACUGGUGAUGCAUCUCUGUAAAGCACAGUGCCUUCAGCCUCUGGAGCAGUGCAGCAGAGUGCAUUGCAAGCCGUGCCAGCCUCAGCAGUACUGCCCUGGUAUGGCUAGCUCAUCUAUGGGUGCUUGGUGGCUAAAAAGUCAAGGCCUCUGCCCUGUCUAUGCCAUUUAUUCUGGUGGUGUGAUUGCAUGAAGUGCUCUUGGAUGCUUUGUCCGCCCUUGGAAAUGCGGUAACGUUGCCAGCAGGGUCAUGGCUGUUUCCAUAAAGCUGUAUUUGGUUGAAGGCUGGCAGCACCUCUCCUGGGAGGGCAGGCUGAGAGAGUUGGGAUGGUUCAGCCUGGAGAAAAGGCGGCUCUGGGAAGAUGUAAUUGUGCCUAUCUGAAGGGGGCCUACAGGAAAGAUGGAGAGGGACUGUUUAUCGGGGAGUGUAGUGACAGGACAAGGGGUAAUGGGUUUAAGCUGAAGGAGGGUAGAUUUAGAUUAGAUGUUAGAAAGAAAUUCUUUACUGUGAGGGUGGUGAGGCACUGGAACAGGUUGCCCAGAGAGGUUGUGGAUGCCCCAUCCCUGGAAGUGUUCAAGGCCAGGUUGGAUGAGACUUUGGGCAACGUUUUCUAGUGGAGGGUGUCCCUGCCCACAGCAGGGGGGUUGGAACUAGAUGAUCUUUAAGGUCCCUUCCAACCCAAACCAUUUCAUGAUCCUAUGAUUUGCCUGACUCUGCUCUGCCUCCCCAAAUAAAAGGGUAAAUGUUAUAAUAGAGUUCUUAGGAAAAAUAACUAUCAGCGUGCUGUAUGUUGGUCUGUCUGAUUUCUGAAGGGAUGGUUUUAACGUGAAGAAACAGUCAUCUUUCAAGGAAAUGAAACUGAAAUAAUGUACAAAAGUCCCUGGGCUGUUAGGAAUUGUCACUGAAAACUUGGGGCAUGUUUGGCUUGGUGAUGCACCGGCUUUUGUUCCCUUAGGGCUGCUGGACUCUGUAGCAAGCAUUGGGCUUACUCUGCAGGUGAAACAGUAUAUGGGCAAAUGCCCUUUUGGGGCUGGUGGAAGGAUUUGGGAAAAACAGCUGUAGAAAUGUUUGUGAUAGAAGACACAAGGUUCAAGGGCACUGCUUGGUUGACUGCUUUCUUACUUCAGAGAAGCAUUCAUUUGGCGAAGGGAGUUGGGAAGUUGUUCUGUGGCAUGUGUGGGUACAGUGAAUGUUUUGUGGAGACUUCUGGACGAAAGAGCGAUUACGUGGUUGCACGUGGUUGUUGAGAAUUGAGCUCAAGAGCCUGGGUGGUCUCUUCCUGUCCUGCAAGUAUCGCAGGUUGACUGCAUAGUUUUUACAUGUUAUUGUUAUGAAUCUUAAAGCUUGGCUUAAAUGUUUCACCCUUUCUAUGCUUGCAUGUGAAUUCUCUUUGCUUACAGGUGUAAUGAUCAUAGCCAAUUCCUACCAUUAAACUAGCUGUGGUACAAUCAGUCUUGAUGAACCUGCCUUUACUCCUGACCUGUUGGAAUUGACAGAUCUACUUCAGUUUCAGAAUAUGUUUUAAUGAGAUCAGAGUUGGAUCAGAUGCCUUGUAUAUGCACCUGAGUACAUUAAGUGUAUGUCAAUAUACAGUUGAGUGAAAAAUACCAACAUUUUCAUGACUGUGAAGAGUGAGAAUUUCAAAGACAAGCAAUAUUGCUAUUACUCAAAUCUCACAUUAGCAAAGGAAAGAGAAUGAGAGAAGUAAUUUUACUGAGAAGUUUGAUAGUUUUUCCAUUCUGCCUUUUUCAGUAUAAAAAUACUUAAGGAUGUCCCCUGAAGAAUGAGUAACUAUAGGGUUUUUUCUUCUUUUUUUUUUUUUCCUUUUUAAGAUUAAAAAAGCAUUACUUGAAUUCACAGUAUUCUCUAAACAUGCUGGGAAAACAUGUAUGUCUGUGGUCAAACGGGGAAAGUGUGCACCUUCAGUCUGCACCUAACCAUCACUAUCCAUAAUCUGUGUUUAUUUUUAAUCAAGUUCUUGCAUGACUUUGAAGUCACCAUCACCGAUAGUCUUUGAAGCAGAGGUACUGUGAUACUGUUAAGAGCAGCAGCAUUUCAAUCUGUGUGAUUGUAAUUCUUAUUAGCUGUUCCAGUGUUAUCUCUAGAAUGUGUGUUCUGAACUGUGGAUGUGAACAGCUGGUGGGAACAGUUUAAAAUUAUUUUAGAAGUUGAAAAAAGCUGUUUUAUUACUUGUAAUGACAAAAAUUUUAGGGGGUUAAUCUUACGAGGUUUGAGACUUGCUCUAAGAAGCCAAAUGCUGCUUUUCCAUCAUUGAUUUAGCUCCCUGUAAACUCAGGUUAGGUUCAAAGAUUGGAAAGUGAGAUCCCUGUAUUUUAACUUUUUUUUUUUCUUUUUUCAUUCCAUAUGCAUCUAUAAAAGAAUCUCCCGGAAGCUUCAUCAAAUAGGGUAUUUCUUUAAAUGUUACUUUUGAGAACACAGGUUUUCAAUGUGGCCAACUUCAGAAACCUGACUAGCGUGGACAAGGAGGUCAGCUGCCUUAUCUAAUACUCUGUACUCCAGGAAAGUGGCUUCUGUUCUGGCUUCUCUUGUUUCCUGAAGAACUGUGGAGAGUGCUUAAAUUGGGAGGCUGCCUGCUGUUUCCCGUGGAGAUCAUGAAACGACGUCGGCUUCCUAGCAGCAGUGAGGAUUCUGACGACAAUGGCAGUCUGUCCACCUGGUCCCAGCAUUCCAGAUCUCGACAUCGGAGGAGUUCCUGUUCCAAACACGAAGAUCGAAAACCUUCUGAGGUGUUCAGAACGGACCUGAUCACUGCCAUGAAGUUACAUGACUCCUUCCAGCUGAACCCUGAUGAAUACUAUGUGCUGGCAGACCCCUGGAGGCAGGAGUGGGAAAAGGGAGUUCAGGUGCCAGUUAGCCCAGGGACCAUCCCAGAACCAGUAGCCAGGAUUGUGUCUGAGACGAAAGCUGUCACGUUUACGCGUCCCAGGAAGUACAUUGUUUCGUCAGGUUCGGAGCCUCCAGAGCUGGGCUAUGUUGACAUUCGAACCUUAGCAGACAGUGUGUGUCGCUACGAUCUCAAUGACGUGGAUGUAGCAUGGUUGCAACUUGCCAAUGAAGAAUUCAAAGAAAUGGGCAUGCCUGAGCUGGACGAGUACACGAUGGAAAGAGUCAUAGAGGAGUUUGAACAACGAUGCUACGAUAACAUGAAUCAUGCUAUCGAGACGGAAGAAGGACUUGGUAUUGAAUAUGAUGAAGAUGUUGUCUGUGACGUCUGUCAGUCUCCAGAUGGAGAAGACGGCAACGAAAUGGUGUUUUGUGACAAAUGCAAUAUUUGCGUGCACCAGGCGUGUUAUGGGAUCCUGAAGGUGCCGGAAGGCAGCUGGCUGUGCAGGACUUGCGCGCUUGGCGUUCAGCCUAAGUGUUUGCUGUGCCCCAAGAAGGGUGGUGCCAUGAAGCCGACCCGGAGUGGCACCAAGUGGGUCCACGUUAGCUGUGCUCUGUGGAUUCCAGAGGUGAGCAUUGGCAGCCCAGAAAAAAUGGAGCCCAUUACGAAGGUUUCUCACAUUCCCAGCAGUAGAUGGGCACUGGUGUGCAGCCUUUGUAAUGAAAAAGUUGGAGCUUCUAUACAGUGUUCAGUGAAGAACUGCAGAACAGCCUUUCAUGUCACCUGUGCGUUUGACCGUGGCUUGGAGAUGAAGACCAUACUGGCGGAGAACGAUGAGGUGAAAUUUAAGUCGUACUGUCCCAAGCACAGCUCCAGCAAGAAAGUGGAUGAUGACACUUUCAGUGAAAGCCCAGGCCAGGAGAACGGGAACGGGAUUCAGGACAGCUCUCUUCCUGCCCACAUCGACCCUUUUCACAGCAUGGAUCAAAACCAGGAGGAGGCCCACAGAGUGAGCCUCCGCAAGCAAAAGCUCCAGCAACUGGAGGAUGAGUUCUAUACGUUUGUUGAGUCUUUGGACGUGGCUAAAGCGCUGCGGCUCCCUGAGGAGCCGGUGGGAUUCCUUUACGAGUACUGGAAACUAAAAAGAAAAGCCCACUUCAACAAGCCUUUGAUUACCCCAAAGAAGGAUGAAGAGGACAACCUGGCUAAACGGGAACAGGAUGUUCUAUUCAGAAGAUUGCAGCUCUUCACCCACCUCCGGCAGGAUCUAGAGCGGGUGCGUAAUCUCACUUACAUGGUGACCCGAAGGGAAAAAAUCAAGAGAUCUGUUUGCAAAGUUCAAGAACAGAUAUUUAAUAUCUACACAAAGCAGUUGGAACAAGAAAGAGUUUCAGGCGUGCCUUCCUCAUUCUCCUCAAUGGAAAACACGGUGUUGUUCAAUAGUCCAUCUUUGGGCCCCAACGCCCCUAAGAUAGAGGACUUGAAAUGGCACUCUGCAUUCUUCAGGAAACAAAUGGGCACAUCUCUAACCCGCUCUUUGAAAAAACCACACAAGAGAGACAGAGUAAGAACCAGCUCUGGGAAUGACAGCAAGCCCCUGCUGAGGCAGCCUGGCCAAAGGGAAGGCAGUGUGGCUCCAGGUAGCUUUUUAAAUUUUGAUAAGACCUUUGCAGAAACACGGAUGGUAUCAGCGCAGCAGAAAAAUGGCAUAGUUAUACCAGAGCACAGAAAAAGAAGAGACAAUCGUCCACAGUGUGAGGUGAUCAAGGCAGAACUGAAGGAAAAGACUUCUAAACACAACCACAAACCGCUGCGACCCACAGAACUCUCUCAGAGGCAAUCAGAAAAUAAAAGGGCUGUGAACCACUCCAGUGGUAGGUCAGCACCUGGCACGCGGAGGGAUAUAGUGCCUAAAUGCAACGGGGGUCUUGUCAAAGUAAACUCUAAUCAGACAGUAGUUAAAGUGCCUACGACACCCACGAGCCCGGUGAAAAACUGGGGCGGAUUCCGUAUUCCAAAGAAAGGAGAGAGGCAACAGCAGGGCGAGAGCCCGGAGGAGACCUGCCACCAGAACUCCAGCUACCCCUACCUGGGCGUGGGCAGAGUUUCACCGAAAGACAGGGCAAAAAGUAAGCUCAAGCCUGACAGCGAGAAUGAUGGGUACCUGCCUGAUGCUGAAAUGAGCGACUCGGAGACUGAAGUGGCUGAAAAAAAGUGCAGGCAGCAGAGACUCAGUCCAAACAGCACUAUCAGCAGGAGGACGGACAUUAUUAGGAGAAGCAUCCUGGCAUCCUGACUGGACAGAGAGAUGGUGUCAGCUCUGUGGUUGGUAGAGUCACUGCCUACAAGCCAACUCCGCAUUAUUUAUUGGUGUGAGAGAGGAGAGUUCUUAAGACAUGGCUACAGACUGACAAAUUGAUAACCUGUUAUUCCCGAGCUGUAUAAACAUGUUUACAUGCACUUAAAGCUGUUUUUUCUCCCUCCCCUCCCCACCUCCCCAUUCUGUGAGAAGCUUGAAUCUCCUUUAUUUGCAACUUUCCUGAGUAACCACAGAAAUGACAUCACUACUAAAACAGGAUUUGUGAUGAACACUAAAAUAACUCACCUUUUAGAAGGGGCUAGGGCAGGUAGGGAGAAGUAGGCUGCAUUCAUCCCUUUUAGCUAAAAAGCACUGAUAAAAUUUUACUCCUUUCCCCUGCCUUCUGGAAAAGCACAAGCUCUUAAUUUAACUAGUGUGUAUUGAAUGGGAGAUGGUUAACCAUACUGCACCCUGUUACAAAUGGUCACUUUCCUUGGAUGGUGGUAGGUUUUUCUCCUCUGCAGGAUGUUUCGUUGCAUUCAGUUUGCGCAUAGGUGGCAGCUCAGAACCCUCCAUAAGUUCCAGCAUUUACAGGUAAAUACAUCUACAAGAUGACCAGAUUUAACCAUGACAUUAUACUGGAGGAGGGAAAGGGUCAGGUCAGGGCUGCAGCUGCCUUACAGUGCAACAGCUUGAGAGGACUCAGACUGAGCACAGUGGACACUUGAAGGGCCCAGUUCUGCGGGGUAAUGCACCCUGCAGAAUAACCCCUCACUGCUCAGUUACCUCCCUCUGGGAGUACGAUGACAAUUCAAGAAAAAAUUUCUAAGGCACUAGUCAGUAGGAUUUCCCAAAGGCCACCAGAUAUGCACUAAUGGUAUGUAUUGGGAAAGCCGGGCUUAGGACACUAAAGCGUUGCUUUAAAGUGGACAUGAAUAUAUAUAUUUUUAAAUAGAAUAAAAUGGAAAGGCAAUAAAUUGUGAUUAGCUCUUUACAGUUAAAUGAAGAGAAACUAUUUCAUUCUAUUCUGGACUAGAUUUGAUGGAAGAGGGAACUCAUAUACUGAUUGCGUACUUUUUUAAAAAUAAUUGCAAAUGGCAAUAACUAGCAAGCUAUGAGCAAUAAUAUUGACAGAUCAUUAGGAUACUGUUUUGUAUCAAGUAGAGUGCACACAUAACAGUGGAGUGUUAGGAACCUGUAAAUUUUGGAAUUCUGCCUAGAUGUAAGUCAGGUACAUACUCGUGAAAAGUUUAAGCAGCAAUGUGUUACAGAAAGACAGGCAUAAAGAACCUCCUUCCCUACUCCCAGCCUGCUGUUACCGCAUCCACUCACUUAAUGUUAGAGCCUUGCCUCUUGAGCAGGGAACAUUUAAAACAGUAGAACUCUGCCAUAACUGAGUCUUCCAGAGGAUUCAAUCAAAAAAAAAAAAGGCUUAUUAACACCCUAUCUUGCUAUGCAAGUUAUCGCUUAAUUAAAUAUUUCCAACAGAAUGCAUACCUAUCAUUUGUUUUAAAACUCAGAAGUCUUAACCUUUUGAUACCUUUUAGGAUUAUGUUGAGGAAGGGGAAUUUUGUGUAAGAUAAAAUACCAUUGCUGGUCCCAAGGAGUCAGAUUAACUGCAUUACUUACAGAGGUGGAAGUCAAACAGGCCACUGGUGAAUCUGAAAUUCUGUAGUCACUCUUGGGAUGUGCUAAAAGAAAAGUACUUAUUGAUCAAACAACAGCAGACAGAUAAAAGGUAAAUGCAGGUGAGUUCUACUACGUUUUUCCAGACAAGCGCUGUUACUUUCUGGAAGAAAGAAGCUCAUGACCAUAGAGAGAAUUGUUUGUCAAGCCAUAGAUGGAAUAAUCUAAAUUUUGAUUCUAAGUAAACAACCUCACACCAGUUUGGAAGAGGUACCUUGUUCUUUUGCACUAUUACAAAUGCUAAGGUUGUGCAGAAUUAAUGCCUUAUCUGUUUUGCUCCCUGACAUUUAGGUUAAUAAGCUUUCUAAUAUUUCAAGUUAAGCUGAACCAAAACCAAAAAAGCUGUAAGAAGACUGCAGUGUGACCAGCUCUGUAGGUUAGUUUUGUCUCCCGUGCUUAGCGCUCAGAAGAGGUGUCAGAAGUACAGCAGUGACAAUACAACCCCACCCCCUAUUUUACUGGGAUAGAACAAUUUGCUGAACUUCUGGUUUUAAGCGUUACCUUUCCUUGUGCAAACUGACCAAGAGAUCUUUGAUUAUGAUUGGUGUAUUCUGUCAAACUGUAGGCUAGUUGAACUUCUGUAAAGUUGCCUGGAAUGCCAUUUGUUAGGUUACAAACUCACACAAAUCUAAAUGAAGGGUUUUAUGUGUUGUGUAUAAAUCUUAAUUUCAGAAAUUUGAGAAAAUUGUCAUUACAUUUGUAAAACCUUGUACAGAUGAUUUUUCACUAUGUGCCUAGCUUCGGUGUCCAUUCAGCUGAAAUUAAUUAAAAAAGGUGCAUGAAGAGAAACAGAUAGAAAUAAAAAGUAUAUGUAGAGAUGACUAUUUUAUAUUACAUGGCCCAAUCCUGUAUUUAUUUUCUCCCUUUUUUGAAGUAUUUAUAAAGACCUAGUUGAAGACAGCUGUAUUUUUUGUUAAAAUAUUCAGUAGAAUUGUGCCUUUUUGUCUGUAUGUGAAUAAAUGCUGUACAUUUUUGCAGUACCCUCGCUAGCAGUGUAUUAGAAUUUGCAGUAGUGAUUUUGUUUGGGUUCUUACAUAAACACUUCACUGCAAUGAUCUAACAACUUUCACGGUUAAAAUAAGCAUUUAAUUUGCAUUAUUACAGGUAUCAAAAUUCAUGCUGUGGUUGCAAGAGAAAGGUAUUAUUUCUUUUCGAGGAAUAGCAUAGGGUCUUAUUACUGACAGCUGUGCCUGUCCCAUCAACAGAAAAUUGUAUCCUUUUUCCCUUGAGAUCCUCAAAGAGAUGUUGCUUACCGUUUACAUUUGU